AACUUCUUGGGAUUAUCCUCCUUCUGACGUCCCUUCAUACUCGUUUAUCGCUUUGCUAGAAAUAUUCACUAAACGCCUACCGCAACAGACACGACAUUUCAUUCGCGAGCUAUAUCUGAAUGAUACCCAUAUACAGCUUGAAACAACCCGCACUAUUCUUUUCCUGUGUCCAAACCUA